AAUUUCAGUUUAUCAAAAAUAAAAUGAAGUGAACGGGACCUAAUUGUACAAAGUAUUUGUAAUUUAAACUUAGAUAACCCUUAGGGCUUAGCAUAACUUAUUUUUCCUCGCACACUUGGUUAAGUGCUAAAUAAAACGGUGCGUUUAAUAAAAACCAAUCACCAACCAUUCAAAUGUGAUAACAUUCAAAAAAAUCAAACAAUCUUUGGCUCCUCCAAUGGAGCUCAAACUCUCACUCUCACUCUCCUUCACCACCCUUCUCCACCACCCUCAACAGCGUUUCUCUCUCCUCCACCGCCAUCACAACCACCGUAAACUCUCCUGCCAACUUUCUCUCUCCUCCAACUCCUCCCAACUCUCCGACGAGCUUCAACGCCAAACCCUAGAAACUCUCGAAUGGAAUCGUCUCUGCAAUCACCUCUCCCCCUUCAUUUCCACCACUAUGGGCCUCUCCCUGGCCCAAAAUGGGUCCAUUCCUAUGGGCCGGACCUUGGAUGAGAGUCAGAGGCUCCUGGCCCAAACUACUGCUGCAUUGGGCCUCCACACUCCUCUGGACUUCUCUGGUGUUGAUGAUGUUUCUGGCGUUGUGGAGAUGGCUGCUUCCGGUGAGAUGCUUUCUAUCGGGGAGCUUUGUUCGGUGAAGCGAACGUUGCGGUCGGCGAAACGAUUGUUUGAGCAGUUGCUGGAGAUUUCUUCUGAUGAUGAUGGAAGGAGCUAUCCUUUGCUUGAAAUUCUCCAAAAUUGCAAUUUCUUGGUUGAAUUGGAGCAGAAGAUGGAAUAUUGUGUAGACUGUAAACUUUCAAUAGUGCUGGAUAGAGCCAGCGAAGACUUGGAGUUCAUUAGGUCAGAAAGGAAGAAGAACAUGGAUGCCUUAGAUUCUCUUUUAAGAAGUGUUUCACAUAAAGUAUUUCAAGCUGGAGGUAUUGACAAAGCUGUGGUCACAAAUCGUAGAUCUAGGAUGUGCGUUGGUAUCAAAGCCUCUCAUAGAUCUUUGCUUCCCGGUGGUGUUGUUUUAGAUAUUAGUAGUUCUGGAGCAACAUACUUCAUGGAACCUAAAGAGGCAGUGGACUUGAACAACAUGGAAGUCUGGCUGGCCAAUUCUGAAAAGGAUGAGGAACGAGCUAUUUUAAGUAUGCUUGCUUCUGAACUUGGAAAGUCAGCAGCAGCUGUCAAUGAUUUGUUAGAUAGAAUCCGAGAGAUUGAUCUUGCAGUUGCAAGAGCUGGUUAUGCUAAUUGGUUAGAAGCAAAAUGUCCUAUUUUAUAUUCAGUUACUAAUGAUGAUGCUUUAUUGGUGGAUGUUGAAGGGAUUAGACAUCCCUUGCUACUUGAACCAUGUUUGGGUAGCUUGAAGGAUGUAUCAGUACCCAAAUCAGGGAAUUCAGAUAACUUAAAUGGGGAAGCUGGUAUAAAAUCCUUCAAAGAGCUGCCUGAUGAAAUGUAUAAGUUUCCUGUUCCAAUAGACAUUAGAAUUGGACAUAAAACCAAUGUGGUGAUCAUCUCAGGGCCAAACGCAGGUGGGAAAACUGCUUCCAUGAAAACUUUAGGACUUGUGUCUCUAAUGUCAAAGGCUGGCCUGUAUUUGCCAGCUAAAAGUAUUCCCAAGCUCCCCUGGUUUGAUUUAGUUCUGGCAGAUAUAGGAGAUCAUCAGUCCUUGGAACAAAGCCUUUCUACUUUUAGUGGCCACAUUUUGCGAAUUGGCAAGAUUUUGGAGGUGGCUUCAAAAGAUUCACUUGUCCUAAUUGACGAAAUUGGGAGUGGGACUGAUCCUUCAGAAGGAGUAGCACUUUCUUCCAGCAUCUUACAAUAUCUAAAAGAUAGAGUGAGUUUAGCUGUUGUAACCACCCAUUAUGCUGAUUUAAGCUGCCUAAAGGACAUGGACGCUCGAUUUGAGAAUGCAGCUAUGGAGUUUUCUCUGGACACUCUACAGCCUACCUUUCAGGUCUUAUGGGGAUCUUCUGGUGAAUCAAACGCCUUGAGAAUUGCUAGGAGAAUUGGCUUUGAUGAUAAGAUUAUUGAUCAUGCAGAAAGCUGGCUUGAGAGGUUGAUGCCAGAAAAGCAGGCACAGAGAAAAGGUCUGCUAUAUCAGUCUUUAUUGGAGGAGAGAAAUAGGAUGGGUGAACGGGCUAGACUAGCUGCGUCCCUUCAUUCUGAUGUAAUGGAUCUUUAUCAUGAGAUUGAAGUUGAAACUCAAGAUCUUGAAUGGCGUGAGAAGGCUCUGAUUGCAAAGGAGACCCAGCAAGUUGAAGAAGAACUUGAUCUUGUGAAAUCAAAGUUAGAAGCUGUAGUCCAGGAGUUUGAGAAUCAAUUAAUAAUUGCUGAUAUUUAUCAGUAUGGAUCUCUUGUGAAAAAGGCUGAAUCAACAAUUGGAACUUUGGUAGAAAGUCAUCGUCCUAUGUUGGAUAGGGUUUCUGAAGAUUUGGUAGUUAUGCAUACACCUCAACCUGGUGAGCAGGUCCAUGUGAAACGUUUAGGAGGUAAGCUAGCUUCUGUGGUUGAGGUGUCUGAAGAUGAUGAAACUGUUCUCAUCCAGCAUGGAAAAGUAAGAUUCCGCGUGGAUAAAAGUGGUAUCCAACCAACUGAAGGUAUUGCUGCUGACGCACGCUCACUUGUGAAGAAGCAGGGUCGUAUGCCAGGGAAAUUGAAUUAUUUAGGUGGUAAGAAAGACGAGGAAUUAUCUUAUGGAGCAGCUGUACAGACUUCAAAGAAUACUCUUGAUCUUCGAGGCAUGAGGGCGGAGGAAGCUUCUCAUGCACUUAGUAUGGCUAUAGCAGCAAGGGAAUCUCACUCUCUUCUCUUUAUCAUACAUGGAAUGGGCACUGGAAUACUCAAAGAAUGUGUGAUUGAGAUGCUGAGGAACCAUCCUCGUAUUGAGAAAUUUGAGCAAGAAAGUCCAAUGAACUAUGGCUGUACUGUUGCAUAUAUUAAGUGAAAAAUUUUGUACAUUCACAGCCAACGAAUUCAGUCUGAUAGAAGUAAAGACUUCAACUGUUUGGCUUACCUUAAGAUGUUUCAUGUACAGUGAGAUCUUAUACAAUAAUAUUCUCUAUGUAGGCUUCAAUUGAAGCCUUUUCAUCAAUUUCUUCUUUGGUAAUUUCUGUGUGCAUAAAUGUACCAUAGACAGAAUCUGCUCUGUCCUAUUCUAAUUGUGAUGUUUUGUUCAUACAUCCUCUUGUAACAACUUUUGCAGUAAGACUAAUU